AUGGAUGGCAGCCUAAGGCUCCCACCUCUCGCAAGACUCCUGACCUUGAACACCGAAAUAUCCGAGUUGCGAACCGAAUUGAUGCAUCAGCCCUUUGCGUCGGGACGCAUUGCCGAACUCCAGGAGGAGAUCGACCGCCACUAUCGUUCCAGCCUGGCGACAUGCUGGCUCACUGGCGGCUACGACCUAGAGGCCGAAGACGACGAGUGGGAAGAUGAUCUCAGCAGCGCGAACUGA